CUUAUUCUGUGGGUCACACUUCUCACAAAAACUGUAAAAGUAAUUGUAAGCGUAUAAUUUAUGUUCAUAUGUAUGGUCCCCGAGGGAGAAGGGCUAGUUAUUUUUAUCCAGGAAUUCGACAGUUUUUUUUACUCAUUGUUACGUACGGAUGAAAAAUGUAACCUUUUUUUGACACCACACGAACCAACAUACACAUGCCUACUUUACAUACUCAGUUACUCGGAAGCCACAUUUCAUACGUAAUGAUUAAGAAAUCCUCAUAUUUAUCACGAGUUAAAUAUUAAAUUUAUUUCUUGUUGUCAUAUGUAUAUAAUAAAUUAUUAUUUCUAGAAAUUGCUAAAAAAAUUGUGGUGUUUCAUGUAUUUAGGUCAAUCCUUUUAAAAUAUUUGAAAUAUUUGUAAAAGCACACAUCGCUUGAAUAAAUAUAAGCGAUUUUUUUCUUCCAGCUCUAAAAUUAAAUUUCUUCGAACGACUCAGUUUUAAGGGAACGCUACCAAAAAAAUUUCUACUCCACAUGGAUCUGCUCCUAGGAAAGAAAUGGGAAUGUGUCAAAUGUUCGAAAACGUUUAAAACUGAUACCUCAUUGAAUGAACACCUCGGCACUCACGAUCCCGACGUCAAGGUCAAAUGCGAGGUUUGUGGCAAGAUUUACAAAAAUCCACCCACCUUACGUUCCCACAUGUGGAAUGUCCACACCUACCGGGAACAACCAAUUUGCGAAACUUGUCACCGCUCCGAGCAAAUUACAGCGACAUAUUGGCGCUGUACACAGCACGAAGGAAAGGGCCCGUUUUCCAUGCACGUUCCCCGGGUGUGAGAAAACCUACCUAAACAAGCAUCACAUUGCGCAACACGUGCAUAAAGAACACGCCAAACAUCCGGUCCGAUUUUGGUGCACUCUUUGCGGAAGGGAGUUCAAAACGAGGACCCUUCUUGAGAGUCACAUUCCCACCCACACGACGGAGAAGCCGUACAAUUGUGCCACUUGUGGGAGGAGUUUCUCCCACAAGGGAGACAUUAAAGGUCACGAGAUGACCCAUUUAGAAAAAUCAUCCCGGCCCAUGUUAAAGUGUGACGUCUGCCCUCAUACCUUCUUGAGUAGGGCUAAUCUACAACGCCACAUCCGAGUUGUCCAUGAAAAUAGGAGGAAUUAUCCGUGCUCACUUUGUGACGUGAGGUUCUCUAGCUCAUCACAUUUGCAGGGUCACGUGCAGGCGAAGCAUGUCACGAAUAAAGAACCGACCCAUUCUUGCGACAAAUGCGAGUAUAAGAGUUACUCUAAAGGGAAUUUGGCCAGUCAUAAAAGACGGCAUAACGCAGCGAGGCAAGGAUGCUACUUCUGUAGAAAAAAAUUCAUCAUUUUCCAAGAAUUGGUGGUACAUUUUAGAGUUCAUACUUUAGAAACGUUACAGAACUUGUGUAUGUAAUGGGAAUUUUCGAGCCUUAUAAAUUUUGCGGCAUUUGUCAAAUUUUUUGUUAUAAAGCAGUGGGAUUUUAGUUAGAAAUGUAUACUAUGCAGUAAGUGGGCACAAUUGGUUAGUUAAUUAUUCGUAUUUAUUAUAUUCGAGCAAUGGGUUUCGUCGUAGACGAGUGACAAUUACUUCAUAUCAAGUUGACAUGUACUCAAUUGUUUAGAUACAUAGAAUUUUUCGCAAACUGCAAUUUUUAUGCGAAGUAACCACGUUAUGCUGAUAAUAAAUACGCAGUGUACAUAUAUACAUAAA